UGCCUGAACCAGAUAGGCAAGUAUGACUGCAUCUGCCCUGCUGAGUACAUGGGUAUAAACUGUGAGCUGGAAAUUGACGAGUGUUUGUCACAGCCUUGUCUAAAUGGUGCAACCUGUCAUGAUACUUUGGGUAGCUAUUUCUGUUCCUGUGCACUUGGAUUCCUAGGUGAACUCUGUGAAAUCAACAUUGAUGAGUGUGCCAGUCAGCCAUGCCUCAAUGGAGGGCAGUGUAUAGAUGAUGUCAAUAGAUAUAGCUGCAACUGUACCAGUAGUGGAUUUAUGGGCCUGCACUGUGAAAUCUUAAUUCCUUUAUGCCAGUCACAACCAUGCCACAAUAAUGCUACCUGUGAGGACAGCGCUGAGAAUUAUACAUGCCACUGUUGGCCAGGUUAUGCAGGUUCCUAUUGUGAGAUUGAUGUAAAUGAAUGCAGCAGUAAUCCGUGCUUCUACGAGAGUGAAUGUGUGGAGCGGUCCUGGACAACCUGGUAUGGACGUAUUCUAGAACUGCCAGCAGAUUUCAGCUACACCAGAGCAUCGGGUUAUGUGUGUAAUUGUCGGCCAGGAUUCACAGGUAUUCACUGUGAAGAAGACAUCAAUGAAUGUUACAUGAACCCUUGCCAAAACGGUGGCACCUGUGAGAAUUUUCCUGGAAAUUACACGUGUCAUUGCCCAUCUGGAGAGAAGGAGGGGAUUUCUUAUGGUGGCAGGAACUGUACGGAGGUCCUCCUUGGCUGCAAUGACCAUCAAUGCCAAAACAGUGGUUUAUGUAUCCCUCAUUUAAAAAAUGGCCACCAUGGAUCCAGCUGCAUCUGCCCACCUGGGUAUACUGGAACACACUGUGAAACAAUAACCACCUUUUCUUUUAAGGGAAAUGGUUUCCUUUGGGUGAACAGUGACAUGACCUCUGUAAAGGGAUCUUUCUGUAACAUAAACCUGAGGUUUCAGACUGUGCAACCUACAGCUUUUAUAUUUCACCGAGGGGAGAAAGAUACAUUUGUCAAGUUGGAGUUACUGAAUGGCUACUUACACUUAUUCAUGCAAGUCAAUAACCAGCCACAGGUUCUUUUGCAUAUUUCACAUAAUGUCAGUGAUGGAGAAUGGCAUUCCGUGGAGGUAACCUUAGCAAGAGCUGUUACCCUUAAUUUACUUGACAGCUCUUGUAUAGAAUCAUGUGUCAAUAAAUCUACUGCUGCAAUAGAUAGUGAUCAACUGAUGCUUGCAUUUCAGAGCACAUUUUUGGGUGGUUUACCAGUGGGAAACAUGAGCAGUGACUCUCCACCUAACAUCUAUAAUAUGCAUUCUGCACCUUCAUUUGUCGGCUGUCUUCAGGACAUUGAAAUAGACUUGAACAUUAUUACCCCUGAGAACAUAUCAAGUGAAACAUCUUUAAAUGUCAAAUCAGGCUGUACGAAACAGGACAGGUGUGAAAACCACCCUUGUAAAAAUAGGGGACGCUGCAUCAACUUGUGGUUGAGUUAUCAAUGUGACUGCUACAGGCCUUACACAGGGCCAAACUGUUCAACAGAGUACAUGCCAGGCCGAUUUGGACGUGAGGACUCCUCGGGGUAUGCUGCUUUUUCUGUUGAUGGUAGUCAGAACGAAAACAUGACUAUAUCAAUGUUUGUCCGAACACGGAAGUCUUCUGGCUUGUUACUAGCUGUGAGGAACAGUACAUCUCUGUAUAUAAGGAUCUGGUUGGAAGAUGGGAAACUUGUCAUGUUAGCCUCAAAUUCCACCAAAUUGUUCAGCGCAUGGACUGUGAGUGAUGGAAAUUUUUACUUAAUAUCAUUAAAAAUAGAGCCAAAUAAGGCUGAAUUGUUCCAGUCAUCUCAACAGCUAGGCUACAUUUCUACCCCAAUACUAACAGUCCAAAGUAGGGAUAUUCUCUAUAUUGGAGGACUCCCAGACAAACAAGAAACUGAUAUAAAUGGUGGGUAUUUUAAAGGCUGUAUCCAAGAUUUAAGACUGAAUAACCAACAACUGGAAUUCUUCCCCACUACUACAUCACUGUAUUCUGUCAUCAACCGAACACUGAUCAGCGUGACCCAGGGUUGUAUUGGUGACAAUCUUUGCAAGUCCAACCCUUGCCACAAUGGUGGCAUUUGCUAUUCUAUCUGGGACGACUUCACUUGCACAUGCCCCCCAAACACAGCAGGGAAAGCCUGCGAGGAAGUUAAGUGGUGUGAACUCAGCCCUUGUCCUCAUGAAGCACAGUGCCAGCUGGUACGCCAAGGAUUUGAAUGUGUUGCCAAUGCAGUGUUUAGCGGCAGAAGCAGUGCGAUAUUUUACAGAACCAAUGGGAAGAUAAGGAGAGACCUCACCAAUAUCGUAUUUGGCUUUCGGACUAGGGAUGCUGAUGUGAUACUGCUGUAUGCUGAGAAGGAGCCAGAGUUCAUUACCAUUAGCAUUCAGAACACCAAGCUAGUGUUUCAGCUGCAAAGUGGCAACAGCUUUUAUGUGCUGACCUUAGCUAGUUCACAGCCCGUGAAUGAUGGGAAAUGGCACCAAGUGAUUCUUUCUAUGACAGAACCCUUAUCCCAGUCGUCUAGAUGGCACAUUGAUAUAGAUGAUAAAAAAGACACUGCAACUAGUACAGUCGCCACAGGAAGCCUCAACUUCCUAAGAGAAGAAAUAGAUAUUUAUGUUGCCGACAAAGCUUUUGACAAUCUGGAUGGCCUAAGGGGAUGCAUGAGCACUAUAGAAAUCAGCGGCAUUUAUCUCUCGUACAUUGAAAAUUAUGAUGGCCACACUAAAAAACCUCAAGAAGAACAAUUUCUCAAAAUAUCUGCAAAUUCUGUUGUUACUGGCUGUUUGCAAUUGGAUGCCUGCAGCUCUGAUCCCUGUAUGCAUGAUGGGAUAUGUGAAGAUUUAUAUAGUUACUAUCGUUGUACAUGUCCCAAGGGAUGGACUGGCAUGCAGUGUGAAACCAACAUUGACGAAUGCUUUUCAAACCCCUGCAUUCAUGGAAACUGCUUGGAUAGAAUCGCAUCCUAUGAGUGCAGUUGUGACCCUGGUUAUACUGGGAUAAACUGUGAAGAGGACCUAGACAACUGCCAUGGUCACUUGUGUGCAAAUGGGGCAACUUGCAUAGAUGGAGUUAACACUUAUUCCUGCCUGUGUGCUGGUAACUUCACUGGAAAAUUUUGCAGACGCACCAGGCUACCUUUUUCCGUCUGUGGGAAUGAGAAGAGAAAUCUCACUUGUUACAACUAUGGCAACUGUACUGAGCUCAAAGGCGAGUUGAGAUGUAUGUGCCUGCCAGGCUUUAGUGGAGAACGGUGUGAAACAGACAUUGAUGAGUGCAACUCUGAUCCGUGCAUGAAUGGAGGCCUCUGCCAGAACCUACUUAACAAAUACCAGUGCAUCUGUGAUGUAAACUAUGCUGGCGACCGCUGUGAGGUAGAUUGACUACAGUGAGAUGACAGUGAGCAGCGCCAUUUUAGAAACCUGGACAAAAAGAUUAAUCAGCAGGA